GGAAAGUCAAAAAUCCUAAAUAGCCUCAAAUAAGGAUAUUGGGCCUCAACAAUUAAGCCCAAUAGAUAAUCCUUUGCAUAGCCCAAAUUCACUCUCAAAUCUCAAACUCAAAAACACUCGAAAGAAAAUUGCAGAAGAGAAAAACUCAGAGAAAGAGAGAAAGAGAAAAUGGGGAGAAAGAAGGGAGUAGUGUUCGAUGAUUCGCCGCCGGAUGACUUCGAUGCCGAGAAUCCCUACAAGGACCCAGUGGCCAUGCUUGAGAUGAGGGAGCACAUCGUUAGGGAGAAAUGGAUCGAUAUCGAAAAGGCAAAGAUUCUCAGAGAAAGGCUCAAAUGGUGUUACCGUGUCGAAGGUAUAAAUCACCUUCAGAAAUGUCGCCAUCUCGUCCAACAGUACCUUGAUUCUACUCGUGGAAUCGGUUGGGGCAAGGACGGCCGUCAUCCCGCUCAACACGGUCCUAAGGUUGUGGCAGAUGCAGAUGAGGCUGAUGAGUGAUUUUCAAUGUUGUUAAAGUUGGUAUUUUUAAGGUGACUAAUUUGGUCUGAAGAUAAAAUGGGCAAAGCAAAGAACACUUGGGUUUUAAACUACAUACAUUGCCCUUUGGUUUCUUUUUUACUUUCUUUGUUUCUAUUUUGAUUUAUUCAGACUUGGUUGGUCAUCCACACCAUACCACAGUGUUUCUUUUUGGGCUUUUGUCUUGUAAUGUGCAGACUAUGCUGUUCUAGAUUUUCUUGCACCAAUUACUUGCAAACAUUUGGACAUUUCACAUCAAUAAAUAAAUAAACAAAAUAUUCAGCAAAAUAAAUAAA